CGGGGUGGUGGGAGUGUGCGGGGUCCCGGCCGCCGGCCCGCUUUGGUCCUGUGUGACUUGGCGGUCCUCAGGGCCCGGUUCCUGCGGAGAUGCCGAAGGUCAAGGCGGCGGCGAAGCGGCGGGAAGAGCGCCGGGAGCUCAAGAGUGCCGGAGGACUCAUGUUCAACAAAGGCAUCGGGCAACACAUUUUGAAAAAUCCUCUCGUGGUUAACAGCAUUAUUGAUAAGGCUGCCCUAAGGCCAACGGACGUGGUGCUGGAAGUCGGACCUGGAACUGGCAACAUGACCGUAAAGUUGUUAGAGAAGGCCAAAAAGGUCAUUGCCUGUGAACUUGACCCAAGGCUAGUAGCUGAACUUCAUAAGAGAGUUCAGGGCACGCCCGUGGCCAGCAAGCUGCAGGUCAUGGUGGGGGACGUGCUGAAAACAGACUUGCCAUUCUUUGACGCGUGCGUGGCCAACCUGCCUUAUCAGAUCUCUUCGCCCUUUGUCUUCAAGUUGCUGCUGCACCGGCCUUUUUUCAGGUGUGCUGUACUUAUGUUUCAACGAGAAUUUGCUCUCCGCCUGGUUGCCAAGCCUGGCGACAAGUUGUACUGCAGACUUUCCAUUAACACACAGCUGUUAGCACGCGUGGACCACCUCAUGAAAGUGGGAAAGAAUAACUUUAGACCACCACCCAAGGUGGAAUCCAGUGUGGUAAGGAUAGAACCGAAGAAUCCACCACCACCCAUCAAUUUUCAGGAGUGGGAUGGCCUGGUAAGGAUCACCUUUGUCAGGAAGAACAAGACCCUGUCUGCUGCCUUCAAAUCAAGCGCAGUGCAGCAGCUUUUGGAAAAAAACUAUAGAAUUCACUGCUCAAUGCACAAUAUUAUUAUACCAGAAGAUUUCAGCAUAGCAGAUAAAAUACAGCAAAUCCUAAGCAGCACAGGUUUCAGUGACAAAAGGGCCCGCACCAUGGAUAUAGAUGACUUUAUCAGACUGCUACACGGAUUCAAUGAAGAGGGUAUUCACUUUUCCUAGGCAUCUGGAAGACAGAAUGUUUCAAAGUCAAAAAAGGAAACAGAUUAUAUAUUUUUGCUAAGAAGACAAUCUGUGCUGUUGCUUCUCUGGAAGCCACAUUUCUGCCAUCAUCAUUUAUUUUUCUGAAUCUUUAAGGUGGUCAAUUCCAAGUCCCCAGGUGUUUUGUUGUUGUUAUUCCUGGUUUGUUUUUAAUAAACACAGGACAGGGUCCACUCUACAGAAUCUUCAAAAGCCGCAGAUAUGCACAACUUUACACUUAAACUUAGUGUUUCUCACACUUUAUUGUAUAAAGAUGCUAAUCUUUUUACUGUGUUAUAAAUGAGGUCAUUUUUACUCUCUCAAGUAAUAAAAAUGUUCAGAUAUGCUUAACUGCUCA